UGUGCCAAAGAAAAUACUUAAGUUGAUGAAUGACUCUACACUCACUAGAGAGAACAUUGCCAGCCACCUUCAGAAACAUAGGAUGAAUCUCGAUCCUCUUCGUAAGGGCAAUACUGGAACAAGGAAUAACAAAUUAACACCUCCCCAAGCAUCAUUGCUCUCUUCUAACUUACAGGCUUCUUCUACAAUGAUGCAAUCUUUGUCUAGUGCAAACUUUCCAGAGAUUAUUACGACACAAGCAGUUGCUUGCAUGAACCAUAAUAUGAAUGAUUCAGGCAGUCAUCCGUUGAUACACAUGCAAUCAUUUAAGGCAUCAAAAGAUAUGUACAACGGAGAUAAUGAAUCUACAAAAAAUAGCACAGCUGGCUUCCAGGAAAAUAACAUCGAGUUUUCGAUAAAAGAGCCUAAGCUUUCAUGGGAUCAAGUGUAUUUCUACACUAAUGGUAACUAAAACACUUUGUCCAAAAACACAUUUAGGACCGGUUUCCAAGGCUAAUUAGUGAAGAUUCAAUCUCAGUUUUUGAAUACAUAUAGCGUGUUAAGGCGGAUAAUUAAUGGUUAUAUGCUUAGCAUUUCUAUGUAAGGAAAUUGUUGUGCGAUCGGAUUUUGUGAAAUCUCAU